AUGGUUCACGUUGAGGAAAGUCUGCAAGUCCCCCGAGACUUUGAGGGAUUCGGCGAAGAAGGUUUUGAUCCCAAAUGGCCAAACGGAGCCCGCAUUGCGAUUUCCUUCGUCCUGAACUAUGAAGAGGGUGGAGAGCGAAGCAUUUUGGACGGAGAUGCAUUCUCUGAGCCAUACCUGUGGGAAAAGGGUGCGUCUGGUGGCUACAAGGACGGCGCCAGAUACCUGAAUGCCGAGCAAGACUUCGAAUAUGGAAGCAGGUCUGCUUCAUGGCGCUUGAUCAGGUUGUUCAAGGAAUUCGGAUGGAGCUUCACGACGUACGCGGUCGCAAUGGCUCUGAAGCGCAACCCGACCUUCGCCAAGGCUCUCGUGCGAGAUGGCCACGAAAUUGCAUGCCACGGGCUGAGAUGGCUUGACAUCUGGAAUUACUCCCUGGAAGAGGAUAAGGAGUAUAUCAAGCAGAACAUUCUGAUGCUGAAAGAAGUGUCGGGUGAGAUGCCUGUUGGCGCGUACUUCGGUCGCGGAACUCCCAACACGCCCUCCUUGUUCCCAGAGGUCUGGAAGAGUCUCGGAGGAGAAUUCCUCUGGUCUUCGGAGUGUUACAACGAUGACGUCCCAUACUGGCUGGAUCUUCCUUGGGAGAAGGAGUUGCCAGAGGCGGAGAGAGAGGGCAUGCUUCUCAUCCCGUACAACUACGACUGCAACGACGGGAAGUUCCACAUGUCCCCUGGUUUUGGAAGCUCUGUCGCGGAGACAUACGAGCAAUAUCUGAAGAACACCUUCGACUGUCUUUACAGAGAGGGUGGAAAGUUGAUGAACAUCCCGCUGCACACGCGCAUCAUCGGAAAGCCCGGGAGAUCGGAAGCUCUGAGGAAGUUUAUGAAAUAUGUUGCGGAGAAGGAAGGGGUCUGGGUUACGACCAGAAGAGAUAUCGCGAAACAUAUGAGGGAGAAGUUCCCCUACAAGCCCAACGGCGAAUGGGUGAAAGGCUGUGACGACCAAUAUCCCACUUGCUCAAACUGCCGACGAUCUGGGGCUCAGUGCGACAAGGUAGACGUGGCUGAUGAAGCCCCAUCAAUUGCAUACACUCGGGCAUUAGAGGAGCGGGUGGCGUACUUGGAGAACAAGUUAGCCCAGAUACCCACGCCUGAAAACAUCACAACGCCUAGAGAAGGAUCAAGCAUUCAUUCAGGUCACUCGAGUAGAGAGAAGAACGCUUUGAGUGAUGUCGUAGCUCAGGUUUCGCUUGGAAACUUCGAGCAACCGGCAUACGUUGGCCCUUCAGCCGGGUUAUCCUUGGCUCUCAAUCUCGGCGAGAUGGUGCAGGCUACUGUAUGGAACAAGAUGCUGCCGGACAUCCAUGACGGUUCCAACCCCAACAGAGCGACUGGAUGCAUCAACCCAGGCCCGAGAUGUCUUACGGUGGAAGACCUUCUGGCCCACGGGGUGAAAGAGCCACCAAGCGAUGAGCAAGGGUCGAAGAUGCUGAGAGCCUACAUGUCUCAACUGCACUCAAAGUACCCAUUCCUCGAGCCAGAGGAGCUGUGGAAGUUGCAUAGCGAGAGAAUUGCAUUGGCAGCCACGCCACCACAAAACCUUACCAAGACAGAGAGGUUCGGGGUUUUCAAACUCUAUCUGGUUUAUGCCAUGGGAGCAACCUUGGUACAACUAACCCAAAGGGGUCCUGGAUUCUCACCAGAGGCUCUCUACAUCUCGGCCCUUCAGCAUAUCUCUGCGGCUAGAGAGUCGCGAACCGUCCAGAAUAUCGAGGCAAUGACACUGUUGGUCAUGUUUCAUCUCCGAUCAACGUCAAGCCAUGGGUUAUGGUACAUGAUCGGUCUGGCGAUGAGGACGUCCAUUGACCUAGGUCUUCACCGCGCGGCUCAUGAGCACAACAUCCCCGAAGGUGUGGUUCAAAGAAGACGUAGGCUGUUUUGGUCUGUGUAUUCACUGGAAAGGACGAUUGCAAUAUCACUUGGCCGCCCUUUGAGCAUUGCUGAUAAUCAGAUCGACGUCGACCUGCCCAACACCCGGAUAAGCCUCAGUCCAACUGCCUUGACUACUACCGGAAACGACAUAACGCUUGCUGUGGUCUUAUUCAAACUGCGUCGCAUCGAAUCGAAGAUUCACCACUCGGUCUACAGGACAGAUAAGACAUUGGAUGCCCUGAGACCCAAACUUGAUCGACUUUAUCAGCGGCUUCAGGCUUGGAAACUUUCUCUCUCUGACACAAUGUCACCUUCUCAUCCGGAACUGAACUACGCACUGCUGCUUUACAAUCGAGCUAUUCGUCUUCUUAUUCAGCCCUUUCUGCCUAUUCUGUCAUCUUCAGACCACUUUUACGGGCUCUGUAUGAGGGCCGCUGGAGAUAUCUGCCAGGCCCAUAAGCGACUGCAUCAAACCCUGGACUAUGGCCACAGCUUCAUCGCCGUUCAAACCGUCUUCGUUGCAGGGGUUACUCUACUAUACGGUCUUUGGACACAAGGCAACGAGCUUUGGUCAGUAGCGCUAGCGAAUGACAUCAGGGCCUGCUCUCUUGUGCUGUUCGUGAUGGGAGAAAGGGCACCGUGGGUUCGCAAGUACCGCGAUGCAUUCGAAGUCCUCGUCAAUGCAGCUAUGGAAAAACUUCAAGAUGGCGAGUCUGGGCUUGCCGAGAUGGCUUCAGCUCAGAUGCGGGCGGGCCGGCAGCAGGACCUUGCAGGGGGAGAACGGCGUCAAGAAGCUGCUGCUGAAGCCGAGAUUGGCCAGAUGACCGACGAGAAUUUCGAACAAUUUUUGGGAAGCGUUGGAGAUGCUGGAAUUGCGGUCGGCGAAUUUGAGGGUGCUUGGCCCAUGGUUGCUGAGCUUGCGAACUGGAUUGACCAAGACGGAGAGAGUCCAGUUUGGAUGCCAAACUUCGAACAGUUGCAGAGUCUAUCAGGAACUUGGCAUGAUUAG